CUUGUCGCGUCUUGCGCUCUCAAGUGCCAAAGCCGCAUACAGAAGGUAGGCGUGAGUCGUGAAUCGGUGUCGAUUUUCCUGGACAAAACGUGUUUGUUGUCUGUGGUGUGCUGUGCGCUGGAAAAGGGUGCUUAUCUACCGACAACACGUUCGCAGGUCAGCACCAGGCGCCUUUGAACAACCAAAGGGGACCACGAGUGUGUGGUCUGUCUUUCAGGAAAAGACGCCUCAGAGGCCAUCGACAUGUCAUUGAGCGGACAUCUCCCCCUUCGGACUCAAAUCGUCAGAGGCCUCACAGCCUCGCUCGUCCCAAUCUACGGCCGGGCGUCAGUCGAUGAAGACCAUGCGGACGAUGCUACGUCAUUCAGGACGCCAGGGUGGCGCUUCUCAGGAACAAACAGCCGCCGAACCUCCACUCAAACCUCACACAGACAGAGCAGGACGUCGAGGACCUCUCGCACGUCGCGAGACGAAGAGGGUCUCCGCCAGGCCGACGUGGAAGCGGCAGCCCCCUUUCUUCUCGGCGGGCUUUCGCUGUCGCAAGGGGACAUUGCUGAUAUUGCUGAGGGGGCCGAAGGGGAGGAAAAUGGCGAUGAUGAGCUCGACGCCGCGGGAACUGUAAGCCCACAGCCACAGCCUGCAGGGGGUGACAGGGAUGAUGUCGGACCUGUCGAGGAGGAGUUAACACCGGCCCGUCGAGCUUCGCUGACAAGAUAUUCUCUUGGGGGCCAAGGGCUGCAGGGCACGGCUGGGUUCCUCGCUCAGAUGCUCGGCAAUGCGAUGGAGAGGGCGCCCGACGCAAUUGAGGCGUCGAAUGUCCGGCUGCCAAGGGCGCCUACACAGUCCCGGUCGGUCGGACAAGAUGAGGACCGCCUCGAUCACACACAUACCGAACCGGUGAGUAAGACGGACACGUGGUCCUUUUUUCUCACCUUCCAUAUUUUUCUCUGUUGCAGCACUGCCGCUCGUUUGGGCCUGGAUGUGUCGCUGACUGAAGGGCUCGAGAUCGAUAUAGGAGCCCGGCGCGCCCUGGGGGCUACAACAGACCAGAUAAGAGAGGACCCGGCAGUCCUUGGUGCGGGCCUCGAAGCAUUUCCUUUUUUCACCCCCUCGUGCUGCGGCUCGGCCGUCGUCUUCUGUGUGGUUUAUGUGGGUGUGGCGGUCGGGAGCGCCCUGCUGGCAGGAACGGACGAGACCUUGGGCAGGAUGCUGCUGGCCGUCACCCCCAGUAUCCUCAUCCUCUCCUACUUCACUCUCAUCUAUCGCCGUCACGUAUUCCUUACCCAAAUGCUCUACACCUUUCUCGAGGCCAUCGGCUGGAUGAUCCCAGUUGUUUGCGUGCGCGUGCUGGUGGAGUGGGCGAUGGCGUCACACGUGCAGCGAUGGAUGGACGAGCGAAACGAGACGGCCCUCAUCCUGUGGGCCCUUGUCGAGGCGUACAUUCUCGCGGCUUUGAUGGAAGAGAGCCUCAAGUACGUCUGUGCUCGCCGGGUGCUUUGGAAAGAUCAUGUAGCUGAUCCGCGAAGUCUUAUUGGAUAUUCGCUGGCCGCAGGUAGAGCACCAAAGGAGGAAAGACCGCGUACCUACUCGUGUCUUCUUCCCUAUCGUGUGCCUGUGUCCAGCAAACGGCUUCGCCCUGGUCGAAAACUGGCUGUACAUCUUCUCAGACAGCAAUGAGAGCAGUGUGCUGGGGCUGCCCGAGGCCUCUGUGGCGGGAGUGCUGAGGAUGCUGAUCUCUGUCCCAGGACACUCACUGACCGGUACACCCAUUGCCAGGCAGGACCGAUGGCUGGUCAACCCUGUUUAUGGUUUGUGUGCAGGCAUCAUCAUUGGCGCGAUUCUGGGAAGGCGGAAAUUCCUUGGCAAGUACUUUCAGACGCGAUUCUAUCGAAUCAUGGUCAGCUGAGACACAAGACGAAGGAGCCACCCUCGCGGAAAAUGUGUCUCCCUCUCCAGGUUUGGCCCAUCCUCAUUCACGGCACAUACAACUUCGUGUUGGUCGUCACCCACAUGUACCGGCUCGAGUGGUCCCUCGGCCUGGCAAUCGCCCUCGCCCUCCUGCUGGCGGCCUUCUUCUACUCGCGGCACAUCCUGCUGGAGCUCAAACGGGUCCCACUGGUGGACGUCCAUCGGCUGUGGCGCAAGGGCGAUGUCAUGAGCCCCGAUUGCUGCUGCGGCGUGCUGCUCUUCAGCGGCUGCCGCGCCGCCAUGGCCGACAUUAUCCACCCUGACGGCCCUACUGACGCUCAUCCACACACCCAACUGACGGACCCCUUCAUGAGCCCCGGAUCGACGCACACGUUCGGCAGAGGGCAGACAUCCUUCGAAUCGAGUGUCAAUGCGUCCCUCCCCCUGCCGUCCUUCACACCGCUCCCCUCCUUCACGCCGCGUGAUGCCGCAGUCGCCGGCCCUGCCCUCAGCAAGAAAGGGUCCAAUGUGGUGCUCAGCAAGCCUGCCUCGUCCGUCACGAUCGGCGCCACGAGCAACAGGAGCCAGGCCACGUCGAUCGUGAGUCAAGUGCCCAGCUUCACCCAGCAUAGAGGCCGCAUCUGCGCGCAGCUGCAGCAAGCAUCCACAAUGAGCGACACAGCCAGCAAUGCAGGCGAUGCCACCCUCACGCCGCAGCGAACCACCCGAUGGGCAUCGAUCAUCGAGCGAAUGCUGGGACAGGGAAACGAGCAGCACCCCACCCAGCGUGCUCGCGUGCGCACGGUGGUGUUCCAGCUCGUGUGUCCUUACUGCAAGAACGCCCUCAUCGUGCACAACGUGCUGCUGACCGAGGUGACGUGCCCAUUCUGCCACGAGCAGUUUGCGGUGGAGAAUGCGGGCAGGAAGGAGUAUGGGUUCAUGCACACACUGCUGGAGGAGAUUCACGAGGAGCAGGAGGAGCACAUGUACAACAAUGAGGACGACAGGCGCAGCCACAGCAGCAGCGCGGCCAGUGCCGUGGGCAGCGUGCGCAGGUGAAAGUGUGUGCCUAUAUGUCCGUGUCUCGUAUUUUCUCGUGCCUCCCUGCCUGAUCUGACUGACAUUGCUUUGCUCACUGGACUUUGGCUGGGGCGG